AUGGCCAUCCAGAAAAAGCAUGGCAAAGGCCGUUUGGAUAAAUGGUAUAAGCUGGCGAAGGAGAAGGGCUACAGAGCUCGUGCUGCCUUCAAGUUGAUCCAGCUUAAUAAAAAGUACGGCUUCCUAGAGAAGAGCAAAGUACUCCUUGAUCUUUGUGCUGCCCCCGGAUCUUGGUGUCAAGUUGCUGCGGAAUGCAUGCCCUCGCAGUCUCUCAUCGUCGGUGUCGACCUCGCCCCGAUUAAACCAAUUCCCAAAGUCAUUACUUUCCAGAGCGACAUUACAACAGACAAGUGCCGGGCCACAAUUAGACAACAUUUCAAGUCCUGGAAGGCAGACACUGUUCUUCAUGACGGUGCGCCAAACGUCGGUGUAGCUUGGGUGCAAGAUGCUUUCUCACAGGCAGAGCUGGUGCUUCAGUCUUUAAAGUUGGCGACCGAAUUUUUGACCCCAGGAGGAACAUUUGUUACCAAGGUGUUCAGAUCGAAAGAUUACAAUCCCUUGCUGUGGGUAUUUAAACAGCUAUUUGCGACUGUGAAGGCCACAAAGCCCCCUUCCUCGCGAAAUGUUUCUGCUGAAAUUUUUGUCGUCUGCUUGGGUUUCAAGGCUCCAAAACACAUCGACCCGAAGUUCCUUGAUGCGAAACAUGUCUUCGCUGAAUUACAGGACCCUACUCCAAAUUACGAAGCAAAAGUGUUUAAUCCGGAGAAAAAGAAGCGGAAGAGAGACGGUUAUGAGGAAGGAAAUUAUAUACAAUUCAAAGAAAUCCCCGUCAGCGAGUUCAUAAACACUACCGAUCCAAUCUCCAUUUUAGGAGAAUACAACAAAUUGAGUUUUGAACAGUCUUCAGGUGCAGAUCUUGCUUUGGCAACCCUUAAGCGGCUUCCCGAAACAACGAAGGAAAUUCGAUUAUGUUGCGAGGAUCUCAAAGUUCUGGGAAAGAAAGAGUUUCGUAAUCUAUUGAGAUGGCGAAUAAAGGUACGGGAAAAGUUUGGCUUAGCUGUGAAGAAAGGGUCUAGUAAACCAGUCGAGAGCGAAGAGGUGGCUGAGGUAGAGCCAAUGGGUGAGGAGCUGGCAAUUCAGGAGGAUCUCCGUCACUUGCGCGAGAAAGAGACAUCGAGGAAAAAGAGAGAACGGCGCAAGGAAAAUGAGCGGAAGCAAAAAGAAAUAGUUCGCAUGCAAAUGCACAUGACGACCCCCAUGGACAUUGGUACCGAACAAUCUGGACCUUUCGGAGAAGGGCAAAUGUUUUCUCUCAAGCCUAUCAACCGGACUGGCGCAGUAGCAAACAUAACCAGUGGUAAAAUGGUUAAUGUUGAAAGUGAGGACGAAGAGGAAUCAGCGACCAUCGAUGAAGAAUCCGAUGAAGAGGAGGACCGUUUAGAGCGUGAGUUAGAUGCUAUGUAUGAAAGAUAUCAAGCUAAUCGGGAGGAGCGAGAUGCAAAACUGCGUGCUAAAAGAGCCCGCAAGGACUUUGAAGCAGAGGAGUGGGAAGGGAUAUCCGAUUUCGAGAAAGAAGGCGAUGAGGACACAGAUAAUGAUGCUCCUAUAUUGGUCCCACGACCAAGCGUUGACAACAAAGGUUUGUCCAACAAGGCCGCAAUGUUUUUCGAUCAAGAUAUAUUUCAGGGAUUAGGAGACCUAGGUGGAGAGGACGAUGAGCAGGAUGAUGGCGAGGGCCGCCAAGAUGGAGAUGACAUUGCGGCUCCCGAGCAAGAUAACAUUGUAUCAGAUGAAGGGGAUUAUUCCGAUGCUUCAGAGAGCAGCGAUGAUGUUCCCACAACCCAAGAAAAGCCCAAGCUCAACAAUAAACAAACUGAGAAAAGGGGUUCCAAACAUGAAAAGGCCGCGAAAGACAAUAAUAUCUCCCCUGGUUUUGAAGAAGAGCAACAAGAUCCUCGGAAGAAAAAUGGACAACUUGAUAUCGACAUAAUAACAGCUGAAGCUAUGACCCUCGCCCAACAAAUCGUUACUGGCGAAAAAACAUCCCAUGAUGUCGUCGACGACGGCUUCAACAAAUACACCUUCCGCGACACCUAUGGGCUCCCGGAAUGGUUCCUCGACGAUGAGUGCAGGCACUCCAAACCACAGCAACCCAUAACUGCCGCUGCAGCGGCCGCAAUCCGCGAAAAGCUUCGCGCCAUAAACGCACGCCCCAUCAAGAAGGUGCAGGAAGCCAAGGGUCGCAAGAAAUUCAAGGCUGCGAAGCGGUUGGAGAAACUGCGCAAGAAAUCUGCACUGCUAGCUGAAGACGAGGCUAUGAGUGAAAAGGAUAAGGCGCAGACGAUCGCGCGGAUGAUGAGUCGGGCGCUGAAGAAGAAGCCAAAGCAGAGUGUGAAGCUUGUUGUGGCCAAGGGAUCUAACAAGGGUAUUGCUGGUAGGCCAAAAGGCGUGAAGGGGAGGUAUAAGAUUGUCGAUGCGAGAAUGAAGAAGGAUGUUAGAGCGGAGAAGAGGCUGGCGAAGAAGAAGAAGAAACAUUGA